AUGUAUGCUGAUGAAAACGCUAAUAAUUUAUUAUCAAAACUGGGACCAAAAUCCAAUGAAUUGCAUCAAUUAAAUCAAGAAUUACAAAUAACUAAAGAACGAUAUGAGAAAUUGUUUGAAGCACAUAAAAAGCUACAAACACUCAAUAGUAUGUUGGAGGAACGACUUUUACGGCUGGUCGAAGAAUAUGGAACUGAUAAAGCUCAAUUACAAAAUCAUUUAACAGCUGCCACGAAUAAAGUUAGUGAAUUGGAAGCAUCAAUAAAUGAACUUGAACAAGAAAAAAUUCAACUUAAAAAUGACUGUAAUUUAGCAGUCCGUUUAUUACAUAAAAAACCGGAUUCUUAUUGUAUCACAUCGUUAAAUAGUUUACCUCUACAUCUACGAGAACAAUUAAAAAGUCGUUUGAACUCAAAUCCAUACGUGGAUACAUCUAUGUUAUCAGUCAAUAAUGAAACACCAAAUCUGAGUCCUCUUAUGGCUCCUACUUUUCCACCCACUUUUGUUCCAGCAAGUAUGAUGCUCAAUAAUCAAUCACGUCUUGCAUCUCCAUCGUCAAUUCUUCAGCAACAACAAACUCGUCUUCCAUCUGAAAAUACGGACUAUGUGUCUCCAAAACUUGUAGCAGAAUUGCUCUACAAAACUGAUAGUGUGCAGCGGAAAACUUGUGUUAAUUAUCAAUGUACACAAUGUCGUCGUAACAUAAGAUGUUCGGAUGUAAGCGUUCAGACAAUUGAAAAUUUAAAAUCAUUAUCACGUUUACGUGUUGUGUCCAUGUCAUCUGAUGAUGGUAAUAGUAGUUCGUACACAGAUAUCUAUGGAAGACCCGAUCCGAUAAAUGAAAAGAAUAGUGAACAGUGGUUAGCAUUAGAAGACGAUCACUGUUUUAAUAUUCGAGAAGCAAAUGUGCAUUCAACAUGUGCAAUUCCAGCCAUGCACCAUGUUUAA